AUGCCUCAUCCGGAUAUCAAGCGGUGCCCAGACUGCAUUAUCGACUCCGCUGGAUGCUGCUUCGUUGCGGGAGCCAUAGGUGCCUCCGCUUACCACUUCCCCAAGGGCCUCUACAACUCUCCCAACGGCCAGCGCCUCGCCGCCGGCGCCCGGGCUGUCCGGAUCAAUGCGCCCCGCGUUGGCGGCAGUUUAGCUGCCUUUGGCGUCUGCCUAGAAGCCUUCCGCUGCGCGAUGUUGUCGGCGCGCAAGACGGACGACUUCUGGAGCUACGUCCUUCCCUGGUUCGCCGCCGGCAUCUGCGUGCCAGUGCCACUGGGCCGUGGACCUCGCGCCGUCGCCAUCUCUGCGCUGACCAGUUUGAGCUUUUCCGUCCUCGCCUACGGGUUACGAUUCUGCAUCGGACGCGUCGACGUCGCUUCAUUGUUUCCGCCGCCUUCCGUUGACUCUGGCCCUAGUGGGUCGUCAAGGGAGGAUUGA